UUAUCCUGGGUGACUGCUUAGCACAGGGUGCGUGGCUCUGCUGUUCUUCAUUGGGCAGGAGCAGGGCUGCUGCAUGACUCUGUGCUUCCUGUAGGUGUGAACUGACUGUGUGAGAAGAGCACUGAAACUAAGACAGGUUGCAAGCUAAGUGCGGACAACUCAAAAAAAAAGCCUUAGUUUGCAGCUUACUGCACUGUGUAAUAAAGAAGUGCUGCUGUUAGCACCACUCCAACAAGGCUUUGGUGCUGCAAAAUGUUUGCUUGAGCACGCAGUGUGCAGUGUGCUCUGGACCAGUGAGACCUCUAAGAUUGGAGGAGAGCAUCUCUGGCGCGUUGAAUUUCUCCGGAGUGACAGCUUCACAUGAGGACAGAAAAUCUCAGCUGAAGUGCAGCUAAAAAUGAAGUUUCCUGUUGGCACAGCAGGGAUGAGUCAUUGUGGCUCUGAGCAAAGGGGCAAGAUCCUUUCACUGCAGCAGCACUCGAUGAGAUGUGCUCUUGCAGCGCCAUGGGAUCAGGUGCUUUGUGCUCUCAUCCCUGUUGUCAUUGGCUUUGGGUUUGCUUUUGCUUUUCCUGUUGGAAUUUUGGGUGUUCCUGUGUGGAGCCAGGAGUUGGACUUGUUGGUCCUUGGGGUCCUUCCAGCUCAGGAUCUGUGGUUCCAUGACAGCAGUGGAGUCACUGACAGCUGUGUUCAUGUCAUAAUAUUUGAGAUAGAAAACAUUUUCAUGAAAUGUUUUGUAGGUCUGUUGGUUUGUUUGGUUUGGUUUUUUUUCCAAAUUACAGGAUAAAUGCCAGAGUAGACUAAAGCACCCGUAUGUGAAAGCAUUGAAGCUUUCACUGGAAAGCAAAAAUAUUUUAAAACUGAAGCCUGGAUGCUUAUGUCCAUUUAUAAGCAGGAACCAGAUCACGUUCACAUCCAGAAUGCCAUCGGGCCUCUUGUGUAGCAACAAAGCUGUGUGUUUGGGUUGCUUGUCCAACUUUGCUGUAAAAACUCAUCCAUAGCUGCUAGCAAUUAAGAAAUCCCACUUUAUCUACCCUCCUUGCCCAUGGCUCCCCACAUCUAACUGCUUUUGGUCUAGGGCUGGAUGUUCACUUUCAAGCUUUAGGCCUUGGUUAACCCAGCAUCCUACACAUAUGUCCCGUAAGCUUCUCCCAAGUUGGCUUCCAUGGUGAUUUUUUUUUUUUUUUGUCUGUCAGUUGAGUUAUGAUAUCACUUUGUUACUGGCACUGGAAUACACAUGGUUUGUGCUAAAACCACAGCACGUUGCAUGCUUAGAGUGGAAAACAUAGAGUUUGACAGUUGUGGUGUUGGUUGAAUCCGAGGACCUUCUUCCUAUAGAAAUUGCAGCCAGUUUCUUUGUAGAACUCUGUCAAUAAACUUAACUGUCACACUAACUCACAAGGUUCCUACUGUUACUCUCUUUGUAUCUUCAUCUGGGGAUUUCAGAUGGACCCUGAAUACACUUUGCUUCCUCCAACAGCCCUCCCUGCUAUUCUCUCUGUCCGUGUUACUGAGCUCACAUCCCAGACUCACGGUCUGCUACUGGAGCAGCACUGUGUUCUGGGGCAGGAGUGAAGCUACAGAUGUUCUGUCAUCAUACAGAUGUGUGUGUUGAGAUGUGUUUUGGUAGGCUGAUAUAAAAUGCCUUGGUCUGUGUAGGGAACUUUUUGUGACUUUUCUGAUAAGAUUUCAGAUGUGUUUCUGGAAGCUUUUUAGGCGUUUAGCUUAGAGGUAGGUGUUCUUUUGUGUUGAGUGGUCUUGUUAAUGAAGCCAGUAUAAACAUGUACCCAAAGACUUCAAAGUUCCUAGCAGGGAAAGCAAGUUCUUGGCCUUUUUAGGAAUGUGGAACUCAUUGGAAGAGUGUUUACCCACAAAACAAAUCCAAGAAAAGCUGCCAUUUGUCCUAAGAGCUCAUACAUCUGUUGCAGUUCAUAAACUCAGAGGCCAUGGAACUAAUACUGUUCACUCUUCAUGGUGUUGUACAUUUUACAGAAGGCGUUUUAUCUCCCAGCGCUGCUCUCUAGACUUUUUAGAAGACAUAGUGGAAUAUGCCAGUGUACAAAGAACCAAGCAUAUAUCUGGGUCACCGAGGCACAAGAACUUGAAGAAGAUGCACUUCAUCAAGAACAUGAGGCAGUAUGACACGAAGAACAGCAGGAUUGUAUUAAUCUGUGCUAAACGAACACUGUGUGUGGCUUUUUCUAUCCUACCUUAUGGGGAGAGUUUACGUAUCAGUGAUCUGAAGAUGGAUGGACAGAAGCAGCGACAUCCUUCUGGGGGCGUUUCAGUCUCCACUGAGAUGGUCCUUGGAAUGGAAGGAGUAGAGCUGGGGGCGGAUGGCAAGGUUGUGUCCUAUGCAAAAUUCCUGUACCCAACCAACGCCCUGGUUGUUCGCAAGGCUGACAGCCAUAGUGCUGUCCCUUCCUCCAGAGCUGGUGCUUCACGGAGUCUUCCUGGGUCAAGAUAUAAACCUGUGACUGCAAAAAUGAUACCAGCAGGAACAGAGAUCGGAAACGAAGCCGGGGAAGUGGCAGAGUACGAUCCUAAUCUUCUGGAUGAUCCUCAGUGGCCCUGUGGAAAACAUAAACGGGUUCUCAUCUUUGCCUCUUACAUGACAACAGUCAUAGAAUACGUGAAACCCUCGGACCUUAAAAAGGAUAUGAAUGAAACCUUCAGAGAGAAGUUUCCUCAUAUCAAGUUGACACUGAGCAAAAUUAGGAGUUUGAAGAGAGAGAUGCGGAAUCUGAGUGAAGAAUGCAAUCUGGAGCCAGUUACUGUGUCCAUGGCUUAUGUGUACUUUGAGAAGCUUGUUCUCCAAGGCAAACUCAACAAACAGAACCGCAAACUGUGUGCUGGUGCUUGCGUUCUGCUUGCAGCCAAGAUCAGCAGUGAUCUCAGGAAACACGAAGUUAAACAUCUUAUAGAUGUAAGUACUACGAGGCAUGUUUUGGGUGUGGUCAAAACCUUCCUUUUUCAUACAACAAAGCAAAGAUGAAAAGAAACAAGAUUUUCAGCAAUGCAUGUUGCAUUCAAGACUCUCUUUCAGUUAGUUUCAAGCUUCAUCCGGGGCUCUUCCUUUUGGAUGCUUUUUCUAAUUUAUGAAAAGCUCCUGAGUGAUACAGUAUAAUGUCCUACUGAUCUUACAGUGAGGGUUUUUUUGUGUCUAGUGGUUGCCUGGAAAACAGUAACUGUUGUGUGGGUGUGACAGCUGUGCUGAUCUACAUGUUUGAUCUGUGCAGUACUUCUCUCUGGUCUUGCAUCACUUAUUCCUCUUUUACGCUGACUUAAUCUGAAAGUGCAUCGAUAAAUUCUGGAUAACUG